AUGGAGGGUGUAUCCGCGUCCAGUACCGUUUCCAAUCAAACUGCGGAGAUGAUCAGAGCUGCGGUCGCGAACUUUUAUGGUAGUUACGAGCGCAGAGACGCCGCAGGACCGGACAAACAGGUGGUAAUGACAGACGACAGGGGCAACAAAUUUGACCUUGGUAAUCCUGCAAAGGAUGCGUUUGUUCGCCAAUUCAUGCGGGGCCUCAAGAAACGAAAGAACAAGGAAUUCACGCAGCGCCAAGCUACGCCUAUUUCUUUGGGUAUGCUCCGUGUGCUUCACUUUCACUUGACACACACGUCAGGAUUCACAGCGGCAAGCUGUUUGUGGUUUUUGGCGGUAUCGGCUUUCGCUUUCUAUGGAAUGUGUCGAAUCAACGAGGUGCUAAGUUUGCAGUGGAAGAAUAUCACCCUGGACCUGGCUCGUCCAAGUGCGUCUGAUUCGAAUUCGACAAUUGGCUACGGUGUCUACAAACUGGAAGGGAGAAAGACGGAGACCGCUGAAGGUCGCUGCUACAACCUUCAUUGUUUAGAUGAAUGCGAGAGUCCAAUGGAUGUUUUAACUCACUUAAAGAAAUGGAUUGGGUACGUUAUAACGAAGACGGACCACAAGUGGAGCGAUAACGACUACGUUUUCCCAGCAUUGUCCAAAAUUGCGAAGAGUGCUAUCAAGACUGAUGACCCUCAUACAGGGUGCGAGAACGCACGUGUGGAAUGGGGCAAGAAAAUGUCUGAGCAGUCUUUCAUCACGCUAUUGAAUUGCGUCGUGAGAGAUCUCAACCGCAAUGGGGAACAUCUGUGUCCGGAUACGUUCGCCAACAAUGGCGUGACAUUUGGUUCACUUCACACACGUUUUGCCGCGCUGGAGCACAGUAUCGAUUUAUGUUCGCACCGCCUGAGCGGAGGUGGUCGCUCCGAAUGGUGA